UUGAUUGAUUGUUGAAUAAUUGUUUCAAAUCAAAACCGAGAAACAAAAAACGAAACCACCAUUUUCCUACCCAAUUUUCUCGAGAAAAUCCUCAACCUCGAACUAUCGUCUCCUUGCCCGGCCAUGGCCUCACCAGCGCAGCGCCGUCUGCACGCGAUUCACUCUCACCUGCUUCCCGUAACCGCCCACGAUUCGCGCUUGCCUAUUCAAUCCAACGUUACCGCCGGAGAGUUCGCUCUCCCACAAGGGUAUAGUGUAGUUCUUCCAGAGAAAUUGCAAACAGGAAAGUGGGAUGUGUACAGAUCUGCACGCUCUCCAUUCAAGCUUGUUUCUAGAUAUGAUGAUCAUCCUGAAAUUGGGACGCUGCAUGAUAACUUUGUACAUGCAGUUGAAACUUUCCGAGACUACAAGUACUUGGGUACGCGAAUUCAGGUGGACGGAAGUGUUGGAGAGUACAUAUGGAUGACAUAUGGAGAAGCUGGAAGUGCUCGGGAAGCAAUCGGUUCUGGCCUACGGAUUAAUGGGCUGCAGAAAGGAGCUUGCAUUGGACUUUAUUUUAUAAAUAGACCGGAAUGGCUGAUUGUGGACCAUGCUUGUGCAGCGUAUUCAUAUAUCUCUGUUCCUUUGUAUGACACUCUUGGUCCAGAUGUGGUGAAGUAUGUCGUUAAUCAUGCGGAUGUACAGGCUAUUUUUUGCGUCCCUCAAACUCUGAACUCUUUGUUGAGCUUCUUAUCCGACAUCCCAUCUGUACAUUUAAUAGUGGUUGUGGGAGGGGUUGAUGAACAUUUACCUUCACUUCCAUCUACAACUGGAGUGAAGCUUAUAUCCUAUUUAAAACUAAUCGGCCAGGGCCGCAGGAAUCUGCAACCCUUUUACCCUGCUAAGCCUGAAGAUAUUGCAACCAUAUGCUACACAAGUGGUACUACGGGAACACCGAAGGGAGUUAUAUUGACACAUGGGAACUUUAUUGCAAGUGCUGCUGGAUUUAGUCGUGCAAUCAAAUUCUAUCCCUCUGAUGUUUACAUAUCCUAUCUUCCUUUGGCACACAUCUUUGAACGGACUAAUCAAAUUAUCUUGGCAUACUUUGGUGUCGCUAUUGGUUUCUACCAGGGGGACAAUUUGAAACUGAUGGAUGACAUGGCUGCUCUAAGACCUACAAUAUUUUGUAGUGUUCCUCGGUUGUAUAAUCGAAUAUACGCUGGAAUUUCAAAUGCCGUGAAGACUUCUGGGGCUCUGAGGGAGAAACUAUUCAGAGCUGCUUACAACUCCAAGAAGCGGGACAUAAUGAGUGGAAGAAAUCCAUCUCCAAUAUGGGACAGAUUAGUAUUUAACAAAAUAAGGGAAAAGCUCGGUGGACGAGUUCGUUUUAUGGGAUCAGGUGCUUCACCUUUGUCCCCUGAUGUCAUGGACUUUUUGAGAGUGUGCUUUGGCUGUGAUGUCAUUGAAGGAUAUGGCAUGACUGAGACUUCUUGCGUUAUAAGCAUAAUGGACGAGGGUGAUACCUUAUCUGGUCAUGUUGGGUCACCUAGUUCUGCUUGUGAAAUAAAACUCGUGGAUGUUCCCGAAAUGAAUUACACCUCUACGGAUCAACCUUAUCCUCGUGGCGAAAUUUGUGUUAGGGGUCCCAUUGUUUUCCAAGGCUAUUACAAAGACGAAGUCCAAACGAAAGAAGUAAUUGAUAACGAUGGUUGGCUGCAUACUGGUGACAUUGGAUUGUGGCUACCCGGGGGCCGUCUUAAGAUUAUUGAUAGGAAAAAGAAUAUUUUUAAGUUGGCACAGGGAGAGUAUAUAGCACCCGAGAAAGUUGAGAAUGUCUAUGCCAAGUGCAAAUUCGUUUCUCAGUGUUUUAUAUACGGUGACAGCUUGAACUCCUGCCUGGUAGCAGUAGUUGCAGUGGACCCAGAGGUGUUGAAAGAGUGGGCUGCAUCAGAAGGCAUAAAGUAUGAAGAUCUAGGACAACUAUGCAACGAUCCAAGAGCGAGGUCCGCUGUUCUGGCAGAAAUGGAUGCCGUUGGUAGAGAGGCUCAGUUGAGAGGCUUUGAAUUUGCAAAGGCUGUAACUUUGGUUCCCGAACCAUUUACCGUGGAGGAUGGCCUUCUCACUCCCACUUUCAAAAUCAAGAGGCCUCAAGCAAAAGCCUACUUUGCCAAAGCAAUUUCGGACAUGUAUUCUUCGAUGUCUUGAUGAGAACCAACACUGCAAAAUGCAAUUUCUUAGAGGCAAAAUUGAAGAAAAAUAAUGAAAAUUUUCACCCCACAAAGUGCAGGGUUUUCUAUAAGCAAAAAUAUGCUCUUUGGAGAGCCGUCUUAUUGAAGCAGGAGACUUUGUUUCUUGCGUUGUUGUAUGUAACAUUAGUUGACAUAGAUCAUAAUUUUUUUGUUAUAUAUGAAAAAGGUUCUCCAUUAUAUUAAAUGUUUGACACAUUGAAGUUCAACCACGCAUGAGUUCAAAUGCAAUUAUGUAAAGUUUUG